AUGUGUAUACCUGAAAAUAUGUGGACUCCUCCAACUCUGCCUUUGCCGCUGCAGAGUUUCCCUAAAGAGAAUAUACCGAUAGAUAAAAGAACCCAAAAAUGUCUGCUGCAAAUAAAAAAACUCUGUUCUACUCAGUUCAGCCUCAAUAAAGAAUAUAAGAGCACAUUUAACUUGAUUGAUUAUAAAUUGCAAAGAAUAAUUCAGCCACACAAUUUAUCUGUGAAUCCCAUAAAUAGCUUCUGGCCCCACACUGUUGAGAGGCUAGUUGUACCCCCAAUAUACUAUGAGAUGUUAUCCAAUCAGCAAAUAUACACUCUUGAUUAUCUUCAAAUAAACCCACAAUACCAUAUACCCAUAAAAUCUGUUCAGAAGUCUAAACAAAAAGCAUUUCAGUUAAAUUUGCUUCCAUUACCGCGGCAAAAAUUUAGGCAAAUACAGUUAGAAAGUUACAUGCCUUCAAAACUGGAAUCUAAAAUGACUUCUAUCUGUGAGGAAUCGUUACCAAAAACAGUUAUAUUUGAUUAUCAUGGGUACUUUGAUUUAAAACAGAAACUCCUAACGAGUAAUACUCUUUUAACUGCUAGACUCAAUCCAAUUUCCACAUCAGCUGGUUGUAGACAAAAAUUAAAGUUCACUACUCAUUGGCCAAGUUGGACAAUAGAAAUAAAUACUGACAUAUCAAACAUUAGCAGAUUACAUAAGGUAUUAUUCGAUGAAAAUUUUAAUAAAAUUGAACUGUUUAAACUGGCUUCAUGUAAUCUAAAAGUUGAAAGAUCAACUAGGAUAAAGAAAAACCACAUUGCAACAUGGAAACUAGACAAAUUGCAAUUGAAGGAGUUAGAUUGGGACCCACUAAAAAAACUUAAAGCUUACAGUGUACAAAAAAAAAUUAACUGUGAUGAAGUACACGCCCAAGCAACAUUCAUCAUUACACCCUUAAAGCUUGUGUUAAUGCCAAUAAACAGUUCAGAAAUACACAUAUUACAGAAUAAUUAUGGAAAUAUUGUGAUAUCAGCCAAAAGUUUUGGAAAUUUACAACCAAAAAAUACGAUAGAAUCUUCGCAAGUAAGUAACAAUAAUACUAAACUUUUAAAAGAGGCCCGCACUACGGGUAGUUCGAUGUCGGAUAGGAGCACUUCCAUUACUUCAUAUAAAUGUUCGUCUUUGGUACCCGAGAAGAGAAGCCUAUUGGAUUCAAACUUAAUAUCAAUCGUACAGUUGAAGAAAUUAAGAACCAGUUAUCCGCAGUCAACUGAAUCGCAUUCAGGUGAAAUGAGUCUACUACGCUUGCUUCAUUCUAACUCUUGCAAAACCGAGAUACAACAAAUUGACACAUGGUAUGAUACUGCAAAAUUAAACACAACGCCAAAAACCACAUCAUUUAAACUAGAAGGUCAAGAUAUAAAGAAAAAAGUAAGCAUUAUCGCUAAUGAAUAUGACAUUUCAACAACAUACCAAAUAACAAGAUUAUUACGCGAACGGCAAUAUAGUAAUAUCGAAGAAUACAGAAUAAAAUUACCAUGCCAUUUUAUAUUAUCCUUCUCUUCAUGUUUAUUGUUGGUUGAAAUUUCAAAAGUAUUUCAAUGCAUUACUGCAGGUGAGUUAUUUUUAGAGAGAACAUUAUCAAUUCUUAUAAAACAUUUUAGAGUUGUACAUGUUUUUAUCGAAUAUGAACCGAACACAGAACUGUAUGAUAAAGACAUAUUCUGGAAAGCUAAAUUAAUACUAAACAACCCACAGGUGAGAACAAUAUUCAUACCGAAAUUCUCAAAUAAUUUGACAACCUGGAUGCUGAGAGUUACUACGAUACAGGGACAGAAAUUUCAAGAAAUGGUGAAGGAUAAUACAUUAAGUCAUUUUAAUAUCAACCCAUAUCAGGAAUAUCUAAUACAAGAAAAGUUAAGAGAAUCCAGUCCGUCAAGGCUAAUAGAAACCCUAGUCUUUGGUGACCAUGUUUUAGAUGGAAUCUUAACUCCAAUUCACAUCAACAGUUUGAAAAUAUUUGCGAGAGAAAACUGGCAUUUGACAUAA